AUGGUUCCGGAGGAGGCUCUCCUGUGUGAGAGAGGCAUGGUUCCGGAGGAGGCUCUCCUUGUGGUCUUCCAGUCGGAGCUGGUGGGAGAGUUCUGGUACCAACUGGACCUGCUGGCCCAACCUCCUGUCCUCACCACCUUACCACAGAGCAGCUGUGAACUGGGAAAGUGGACCAGGCUGUACAUCCCACUGGUCAACCCCACAGACGAGACACUGGAGCUGGGGAUGGUCAACAGCAACCCUCGCAAUUUCACCCUGGAGCUGGACACCAGCAGACCACUCAUCAUAGCACCACACUCGUCCACCCAGAUUCCUGUCCGUUUCAGCCCAUCAACCAUCGGAGCUGGAAACCACACAGCCAAGAUCUCCUUCACCUGCUCUCAGUUGAAACACUGGAGCUUCCAGCUGUGUGGUGAAGGCCUGACCCCUGGGAGGAUGGAGCCUCUGUCUGUAGCCUCCCCUGUGGGAUCUCAUUCCUCCAUCAUCCUCCCCUUCAGGAACCCCACUGAACACCCAGCCCUGCUGCACCUCAGACUCACAGACGAGGAGCCCGGUCAGAAGAGAUCAAGCCAGUCCUUCAUCUGUGACAGGAAAGUGUUCUGCAUCCCCCUCAAACAGACACAAGGUGUGCGUGUGUCUGCGGGGGCCAGUGUGGACAUUCCUGUGGUGUUUGCCCCUGACUCCAUGCAACUGCACCAGGCCUGGCUCCUGGUUCAGCUAGAGCCCCUCUUCAACCUCCCCCGCCUGGACUCACCACUCACCACGGUCCAGAGGGACAAGUGUGUGGAGGUAGAGAAGGACCGGGUGCGUUUGGUCUGCUGGGUCUACCCCAUCCAUGGCAUCCCAGAGGCCCCUCCUGAACCCUCUCAUCCAGCGGUGAUAGAAUGUGAGGCUCGCGGUCGAGUGGAGGAGAGAGUGGAGGUGCUGUUGACGGGAUGUGUUCCUGGCUCCUCCGUCAGCAACACAGACACAACUCUCAUCAGGGCCCCCUCCUCUGUCAGCAACACAGACACACCUCUCAUCAGGGCCCCCUCCUCCGCCAGCAACACAGACACAACUCUCAUCAGGGCCCUCUCCUCCGUCAGCAACACAGACACAACUCUCAUCAGGGCCCCCUCCUCCGUCAGCAACACAGACACAACUCUCAUCAGGGCCCUCUCCUCCGUCAGCAACACAGACACAACUCUCAUCAGGGCCCCCUCCUCCGCCAGCAACACAGACACAACUCUCAUCAGGGCCCCCUCCUCUGUCAGCAACACAGACACACCUCUCAUCAGGGCCCCCUCCUCCGCCAGCAACACAGACACAACUCUCAUCAGCGCCCCCUCCUCAGCAGGCUUCAGGCUGGCUCCAGAAGACUUCCUAUGUGAGGUGUGUUAUAACAGUGAUGCUGAGCGGUCCCAGCUGGAGGGCUGUGUAACCCUGUCUCUACUGAACUGUCACAGAGACCCCGACUCUGGCAUCGUCUCUCUCACCAUCAACCUCAUCUUCACGCCUUACAAACCUCUCAGGUGUUCAGCUGUGCUGGCGGUUCAGUGUUUGACAGGUGGGCUCUGGAAGUUUCCCAUCAGCCUCAUCUCCACCGAGCCGCAGGUUGAUGACGUCAUCACCAUUAACGCUGCAGGGCUGCACAAGACCUCUGCUGUGGGCUUCAGACUGACCAGCCAGACCAGGUACCCAGAGCCGUUCACAGCAGGGUUCCUGCCAGGUGCGGGCAGUGAGUUCCAGGUGUGUCCCUCCUCAGGUGAGCUCCUCCCAGUGGGGUCAGCCGGUACCCUCCUCACAGUCUCCUUCACCCCCUCCAUGUACAGCAAGAGACACCACGCUACGCUGCUGGUCCAGACAGCAGACAUGCAGUGGACGUACGAGGUGAAAGGAACCACGCCUGCUUACACCCCACCCCACUCUGCCUCCUACAAUGGGAACACCUCUUCCAGGGAACUCCCUCCCACUGAUGUCCGCCAGAGGAACUUUGUGUCCCGGAACCUUCAUCUCCCAGCCACGGCUAACUCCUCCCCCAUCAAACACAGAGACUCCGCCUCGCAGAUCAGAUAGAGAGAUCAUUCUCACACUACACCCCCACCCCAUUCCUGUGUCAUUGAAAUGAUCAUACAGGAGGUUUGAAUAAUUAAAGUGCCUGUACUUCACCUCAUUGUCAUAAUUAGAUUUCUGUUGACCUCUGACCUCUGACCAUAUGGACAUUCUUUAUGCA